CCCUCCCCCCCCCCUGCCGAACACUUCAUCCCUCUUGGUGCAACGCACUGCCCCCUUCCCCCUUUCCCUGACCGCCCGCCAUGGCCACCGAGUACUCUCCCCUGGCGGCUGAUGUCUACUCGCACGCCUCGCUGGAGGGGUCGGCCAAUCAGCAUGCGCAGGACACGGCCGACUGGCGUGGAAGCACGUCCAGCGCUUCUGGCGUCGCCGGCACCGCGCCCGACCACGACAGCAAGCCCUCGAAGAAGAUCUACAUUGUGGUGGGCAUUUUCUUCACCGUCCUCAUCGCGGCCGGCGUCAUGAUGUGCAUCAUGCUGAUUGAUACUCUGACCGACCCGGAGGCGCGCUACGCGCAUCUGAAGAACUUCUGCAGCCAUGUGGGUCCCAUUUCCAAGGCCGAGCUUUCCACUCGCCGGGCCCGCCUGGCCGAGGAGAUGGCUCAUGCCGAUGUGGAUGUCUUCGUGGCCGAGGCCGGAAGCACUCUCUUCUAUCUGACCGGCGCGGCCUGGGAGCAAAGUGAGCGCCCUUUCCUGGUGGUCUUGUCGCGCCUGGACAAUUCGUCGGCCGACCCGCGCCAGCACGAGUACCUGGUCGUGUCUCCGGCCUUCGAGCAUGACAAGGCCGUGGAGGAAGUUGGCCCGGGGGUUUCGCUGGUCUACUACCAGGAGGACCAGUCGCCGUAUGCCGUGUUGACCAAGCACCUGGGCCUGGACGCCGGCACCGGGGCCCAUGUGGUGGUGGACCGCGAUGCACGGGGCUUCGUGCACUUCGGCCUGGCCGGAGCCCUGGCCCCGGGGCACACCGCCUCUUCCGACAAUGGCGGGGCCUUGGUGCGACAGGUGCGUGGCAUCAAGUCCACCGCCGAGGUGGCCAUCAUGCGCUGUGCCAAUCUGGCCACCAAGGCCGCCAUCCGGGCGGUGCUGGAGUCGGUCAAGGGGUCCACCACGCAGGCCGACGUUUCGGCUCGCAUUGCCACCGCCCUCGAGAUCGCCGGGCUCAGCAACACCUGGUCCAUUGCGCUGUUUGGCCCGAAUGCCGCGGCGCCGCAUGGCAUCGCCGGCAAUGCCGGGCUCCGCCUGACCAAGGGCAUGAUGAUUCUCCUGGAUGCCGGCGGUCAGCUCCAUGGGUACCAGUCGGACAUCACCCGUACGGUGGUCUGGCCGCUGGGGGCCACCACCAGCGCCGAUGGCCCGGAGCACUUUGCCCGGACGACGCUAGUUUGGGAAACGGUGCGCGAUGCGCACAUCGCCGCCCUGGCCGCCAUUCGCCCUGGCGCCCUGGCGUCCGAUGUCGACGCCGCGGCGCGGCGCGUGGUCCAGGCCGCCGGCUUCGGUGGCGACUACGAGGCCUUCACCCAUCGUCUAGGCCACGGGAUUGGCAUCGAUGGCCAUGAGGACCCGUACAUGAACCGCGGCAAUGCCGAGGAGAUUCAGGUGGGCCACUGUUUCUCCGUCGAGCCGGGCAUCUACCUCAAGGAUGAAAUGGGUGUCCGCAUCGAGGACAUUGUGUGUGUGACCAACUCCACCGCCCCCUACUACGAGCUGUUUGGCGCGACGUCGUAUCUGCUGCAGGACCCUCUCAAGGACCAUUGAGAGGACAGGCCGUGCAUUGCUGGCGCCUCGUGCUUCCACACUGUUGCCCCCCCCC